GCUGACUUCUGCUGAACGCAGCCAAUAACUGGAGGAAGCAUAAACCCUUUUUUAGAUGGUGGGGGGUAGCUAACUCCUAUCUCUAGUGGUAAUUGGUUAUCCACGGUAAUAUGGCGUUCUGUAAUACUGUCGUUUUGCACUCUGCACUAUCUUGAACUGGGUGCAUCUUUUUUCAAUUUGCCGCGCAGGCCUUGCAUAGCACAAGAGAAAACCAAUCGAAGCAAAAAAAUUCGAUUUGGCCAAUCACGGCGCACGGAUCGUUUGACCGAUUAUGGGUCUGUUCUUAAUAGCUAAACUGGCUGCGCUAGUUCAGAAUUUAUCAUUUUUCCUCUACAUUGCAAUUGGAAGGAGAGAGAAAAAUGAACUCUGAACUAGCGCAACCAGUUCAGCUAUAAAAAACAGACCCGAUGCUGACUCGGGCGUUUUGAAAGCGGCUCACGUGUCAUUGCUCCGAAAAAGAAUGUCUUCGUUUAGGUUUAGAGAUUAUCCACGAUUAUCUACAGUUAUUUAAUCAUCGACGCGUCUUAUCUACGUGAGCGAAGUAAUAAACUCGCGUUGAUUCAAUUAUUUAGCGACGCGUUUGUGAAAGGAUCGCACAUACGUUCGAGAUACCGGACGAAGAUGCCCAACGCAAAGCUGGAAUAAUCAAUGAGACUCGCUCCGGAAGAUAUGUAGGCUGUGACGAGGUUAACCUAACCUAACCGUUUCCCGAAGCGGUCCUCGAUGCCGCGGAAUACCAGCCUCGUGUCACGUGAAUUUAUGAGGAUUUGUAACCGUCACUUUGUAUUCUUCAAUAGGAAUUGUCGAUCGAGCAGCGAUGUUGACGUCCAAAAGGCUGUUCAAGAUCGCCGCCAUCGGGACGAUCGGGCUGGGCACUCUGGCAUCUCUCAGGGUGAACGAGUAUGACGUAGGUGCCAUUGGCAUCGUGCGGCUGGGACGUGCCGCGCUCACGGUGUUUGAGAUAGGCCGUCAUUAUAAGAGAGAAUUGUUCAGCAGCAAGUUGGACAAGUCGUCGACGGAGUACCUGCAGCUCAAGUCGGACGUUCACAAGUACGGGGCGCAGAAGCUGCUGGAGCUCUGUUGCGCCAACAAAGGGGUGUACAUCAAGGUGGGCCAGCAUGUGGGCGCGCUGGACUAUCUGCUCCCUCACGAGUAUGUGCGCACCAUGCGGGUGCUGCACAGCUCGGCGCCUCAAUCCUCGUUCAAGGACGUGCUGACCGUCAUCAGGGAGGACUUCAAGAAGGACCCGUACGAGAUAUUUGAGAGCAUCGACCCGGAGCCCCUGGGCACCGCCAGCCUCGCGCAGGUGCACAGGGCCGUGUUGAAAAACGGCGACGUGGUGGCGGUGAAGGUGCAGCAUCGCGCCGUCAAGAGCAACUCUUACGUCGAUAUCAAGACCAUGUCGGCCUUGGUGAGCAUCACGUCGCUGGUGUUCCCGGAUUUCAAGUUCGACUGGCUGGUCAGCGAAACGAAGAAGAACGUCCCGCAGGAGUUGGACUUCGCUCUCGAGGGCAGGAACGCCGAGAAGGUGCAGAGGCUCUUCAGCGGCUACCGCUGGCUGAAAGUGCCGAGGAUAUACUGGGACGCGUCAUCGUCUCGCGUGCUCACGAUGGAGUUCCUGGACGGCGGCCAGGUGAACAAUCUGGAGUACAUGCGCGCCCAUCAGCUGAACCCGUAUGAAGUCAGUAGCAAGCUGGGUCGGCUGUACAGUCGAAUGAUCUUCAUCGAGGGCUUCGUGCAUUCGGAUCCGCAUCCCGGUAACAUUCUGGUGCGCAAUCGCGAUUCCCAGGCGGAGAUCGUGCUGCUGGAUCACGGCCUCUACGCCAAUCUGUCCGAUCAGUUUCGCUGGGACUACUCGAAACUGUGGCUGGCAAUCCUCGACGGCGAUCGGGAGGCCAUGAAGGAGUACUGCACGCGUCUCGGUGUCGCCGAUUACUACGGCCUGCUCUCGUGCAUGGUGUCGGGCAGAACGUGGGACGCGAUUAUGUCGGGCGUGCGUAAGACUCGAUAUAACGUCCGCGAGAAAGAUAUGUUUCAGCAGAACAUCCCGAACUUCCUGCCGCAGAUCUGCACCGUGCUGGACCGUGUCAAUCGACAGAUGCUGCUCAUUCUGAAGACCAACGAUCUGAUGCGCGGCAUCGAGUAUUCGCUGCGCACUCAGUUCAGGAUGUCGGCCGUGAUGGAGAUGUCCAAGUGCUGCGUGCGCUCCGUAUACGGCGAGAGGCUCAGGCAAUCCUCAAGUGCGUGGGAUAAGGGCUGGAUAUCGCUGGCGGAGCGUUGGGCGCUCCUCAAGUUGUCGUUCUAUUACAUAUAUUUAGGCCUUGUACACUUUGACCUCAACACCUCGGUCAAUUCUCUAUGGACGAAGGACUUUUAUCCGUUUUAAUGAAGGCUUCUACUUAAAUUAAAUUCGUUUUGAAUUAUA